AUGCAAGCUACCCAAGACUAUGGUGUAUGGACAUCGACCUUAAUUGACCUACAUAACCAGAGGGGUUAUCUCGAGGGCUUGCUGUCUACGACAAGUAUCAAGCUCAACGCUUUACGGGACAAACAGACUCGAAUCGAGCGUGCUCUGGGCCUGAAUCCGAGCCCACGCCUGAAGAAGAAGCAGAUUCUGCACAACUGGUGGCGAACGGACAAGACAAUCAAGACUUGCGAGAACGAGGAAAGAACGAUUUUGGACUGUCUGCAAGUCUGUAUCAGCAAUAUCCACACCCUUGAGGCAAUCGUCUUCUCAGGAGACAACUCCUCGGCGGCGGCGGGGCAUAGCCCUAGUGCCUCCCAAUGCUCGAUUCCGAUGAUGACCAUGACGGACAUAGUCUGGAAUGGAUGGACAGACGCCGGAGACUUGACCCCGUUCCGCAAACGACGCGAAAAACUAACAGUACUGAACGAGAUCCUACCAGAAGUGUGUGUCGAGGAGCACGACAUCGACGGUCUAAUCAUGCAGACGGUUUCGCUUCCCCCACGCAGCGGUUCUCCCCCAGCACCCCUCUCUGCCCUACCACCGGCGCCGCCCAACACGGCAUACCGCCAAUACCAGCACUCUGCGCUCAGUCCGGAAGCAGCGCCCUUCGAGCCCAGUAUUACGCACGGCAUUCACGACGAUGACGAGAAGCCAGUGGUGGAGCUGGACAAACUCAGCAUCACGGGGCUGCAGGCGCCGAAACAGGUGCAGAAGCGGCGUUUCUCAGACGCAGCCAUCAACCACGUCUUCCAGCGUCUGUCGGACAAUCGGCCCAGUGUGGAUCGCACGCGCGACAGCACAAGCUGGGGUCCGGAUUGGACAUUUCGCAACAAUGACAUUGCUCCCAGGGAUGUGAAAGUAGAGCGGACUAACUCGAUGUGA